CCGGUCAGCAAAAAGUUCCUCUGUCUCGACAACACUCUCUUUUGCCCCUUUGCAUCCUCUAGAGUCCGUCCUUUUGCCAAAACACGCCAGGCUAGCCUUAUCGACGCAUACAUCAGGCAACAACAAGCCAUGGUUCGGUUAUCUACACUUGCGCUAGGCCUAGCCACAGUCACGGUCGCUUCUGCCGGUCUGCUCGGUACGACACCCAAUCACAAGUCGCUCAGCAAACGACAAGCGAAUCAGGCCCUCGAUCCUGCAGAUGUGCCCUGGUGGGCCUACGACGCCGACGCACUCUACCAUAUCAGGUAUCACUGCUGGCUUUCAAUGGCAGCUUAUGCCGACUACGACACUGUUUGCCCGACUGUCUUUACCUACGACUCUCUUGGCAAAGCUGGCGGCGAUACAAGCCAAGCUCCGUGGACACCCAUUGGUGCUUUCUACACCGAGAGUGGUCUGCAAGGUUAUCAAGUCAUCAUUCCCGAGAUGGACAAGGUUGUCAUCGUCUUCAGAGGGCUUUACGGCUGGGAAAGCUUGCCUUCCGAGCCCUCGUCUCUCGAAGCACUCAAUCUCGGUUCGGGCUGCAGCAAUUGCACUGCGCAUACCGGCGCACUCAAUCUCUACCUCGAAGCCAAGGCCGCCACCAACAAUUGGGCAGCUGCAAAGGCAGCAGUCGCAUCAACCGGUCACAAGUUCUCUGUGACAGGUCAUGCUUUCGGCGGAAUGGUUGCCCAGAUUGCCGCGCUCGACUUGGGCUACAGCGGCAAUGUUCACUACUCUCACUCGCAAGGCGCGCCCAGAGUCUUCAAUGCGCCUGCUGCUGCUUUCUACGACAACCUCUUCCAAGGCGAAUCAAGCCAGCGUGCAGUCGCCAACAAUGACUCCGUUGUUGCUACCAUUCCGGAAUCGUCCAACUACACCUUUGCCGGUACCGGCGUAUACCUCUGGGGCUACAAUUCGACCUACGGCAUGAACAUGGAGAUGUGCUGGUACGACAACGAGAACCCACAGUGUGCAGGUGGCACCGUCGCAAACGACAGCUACUACUACUUUACAUCACUCGGAUCCUGCGGCAAUUGGACGGUCGACAUUGCACAAGAAGAAUACCUCGUCUCUUCCAUGAGCGCUGCCUACGCCGCCACUGCAGUCCCGACGACUACAUCGAGUGCCAACCUGACGACGUCCACGUCGAUCAUGUCGACGAGUACGAGCACGACGCCCCUGCCGACCACCACGAGCACAUCCACUUCCGCGUCUAUCCCGGUCACGACGAUCACGGUCCAGCCGAAUCAACUAGCCUCUUCGACUGCGAUCGCACAAUCCACAGGAGCAGCACCAGCAACGCUUGCACUAGACUCACUGACUUACACCGCUGUCGCGCUUUUCGCGGCGAGCUGUGUCGGCUUUGCGACCAUAUUCUAG